AUGUCGUUCCAGCAAGGAGCCCCCAAGAAACCACGGCUGUCGCUCAAGAUCAAGACGUCAUGUGAGCCAGCCGCCCGACCAAGGCCACAAGUCGAUCCCUCAGACCCAACCGCCUUCAACACUCUGUCCAAUGCCUACGUGACCGCUAUCGAGAGGUCCACACCCCUCACGGCCAUCAACACUCUGCAGGCCUUCAGUCUCAACACGCCAGUGGAACAUCAGGACUCGAGGCUGAGAGUACACACCCCAUUCGUGGCCAAGUAUCCAGAGACGCCACUCUCCGCUCACCCGCAGUCGCCACGGGUCAUGGAGAUGAGCUUUCCCAGCACCAUGGCGGCCACACCACCAAUGUCUGGCACCACCGACUCCAAUGAGUCAAAGGUCUUCACCUUCUCCGCGGUGGACACGGGUGAACAGCCCCAGCCCAAGCCCACAGAUGACCGCAAGGGCAAGAAUCGCGUCCUCCCAUAUAUGUCAACAAACCAUCUUCGCUGUCCUCCAUACACCCAGCCCCAAGUCCUCCACAGCAUUCUGCGCAACUCGCCCCUGCCCCCCAAGACAGCCAUACCUCCACCAUCGCCUCGCAGACAGUCGCUGCGGCUGCAGGAAAAGGCGGCUCGACGAGUCGGGUACACGAGCCCACUUGAGCAGACCAUUGUGACGAACAAGUACACAAGGUCGCACAUCGACUUGCUAUCGGCAGAGCCCUCCCCCAGCUCUCCGAGCAUAACAGCCCCGGCCUCACAGGAACCAUUGGACGCUGUUCUGUCCUUCACAUCCAACGAGAUCCAGGACGGAGGACAGACACCCGGGCCAUUCGAGGAGACACGCCGGCGAGUUACCGGCUCUACUGCCGCACCCUUGUCGCCAUCCUCACCCAUGGGGAUUCGCAAGCGCAAGAAGAAGGAGAAGAAGAGGCGGUGGGUUUGGACGAUUGGUCAAGAUGAGGAGCAGACUCAGGGGGUUGGCGGCACACUGGCUGCCAUGCGAUGUGAGGCAGCAAACGAGCAGCGGAAAGGCGAACAGGACGGCCGGCGAACGCCCAUCGCGUUUCCCCACGACUUUGAUCGUGAUGAGCUCCCCACACCCAGCGUGGAGAGCUCAGACUCGGCCUGGAGCGAGAUGCGUGACGUGGAGAUGACAGAUUCAAGUAGCGUCGUGUCGGAAGAUCGAGCCAGUCUCGCGCGCAGUGACACCGAUCCGGACGUGAAGACACCUAUCGCCCCGAGGCCAUUCGGUACGGAGCAGAAGAGGGACACGCCCAUCCCAGAGCUGUCCGGCAGCAGGAGAGACACGCCUGUGCCACCGGAGCAUGCGAAGCGGGAUACACCCGUGCCGCCCGAACUUGUGAAGCGGGACACACCUAUACCGCCAGAGUACCAAAAUUAG